CUGCGUCAAACGGACGCGUUCUCUCGUACCUGCUCAACGAAAGUCCGUCAUCCGCGCGUCUACCGGCGAUAGCUCCAGUAGGGGAGUCUUAUAGCGAUCACGGCCGACACGCGUCGUGCGCGGGGGACAUCUUAACGCCUGCACGCGUAAUAACAGCAGCUCACUUGUUCCGUGGAGCGUGAGCGUCUUUAUCUAACGUCGCUCGACUCGUUGCGACGGAUUGCAUGAGAGUGCAGCUCGAGGGACCAUCGCAACGCGGCGAACAUUUCGUAUAUAUUGAGAAUGACGGGAAGAGGUAGUGAUGCCGCGCCAUCGCUGCCGCUGCUGCUGCUGCUGCUGCUGACGGCGAUCGUCUGCAGAGCGCAACACACGAACAAAGGAUUCGACCUGGCGCAGUAUGGCAACGAUGAUAGCUACGACAACUUCGACUCGCCACCCCGCUUUAGCAGCUAUGGUCGCCAUGGCAACGGCGGAGACCUCAACGACAGACCGACAGGCGCCGGAUACGCAAUCUACGACGGACAGAGAGACUCUCAGUUCCCGCGUGGCGGCGCUGACACCGGCGCGAGCUUUCAGUUCCCGUCGGGCCAGCCACAAUCCGGAUACGGACCGGCCAGCGGUCAGUCUGCUUACGGCCGUCAGUCUACCUACGGCGGUCAGUCUACGUAUGGCGGUCAGCCUGGGUACGGCGGUGACCACAGAAAGAGUACAAACAAUCGAUACCCUGGCCCGCAGUCGCAGCAGCAGCAGUACAGCCCCGCCCGCCCCAAUCCUCGCAGCCAAGGAUCCUCCUCCGGCGUGGGAAAACCGUCUACCUUUGGCUCCGUAAAGCUAGUCAAGUCCAGCAAGCUACCGCAGAGUCAGUCGGCGUUCGGAGCGCCCUCCAGCGGAGCGUACGGACCGAACAAGGCAACUGCCGACUACAGGAGUCCGACAUCCGGAUACGGUGCGGCUCCGUCGGUCAGUACGAAUUACGGCGAGUUUACCAGCAGAAACGAGCCGACGUCUCAGCACGUCGCUAUUGGCGGCUACGCAGGCCCCCCUAGCGGCUACGGAAGGACGCGGGUGGCGCCGCCUACCGGCUACGAAGCGUCGCAGCAAAACUAUGGGAAGACACCGAGAUUUACAGAAGCGCCUCAGAUUGGCUAUGGAGGAGCUGAUAACAUCUAUGAAAGGACUUCGCAGUUAGACGAGACGCCCUCUAUCGGUUACGGAGGGUUUGGCAACAGCGACGGUGCUGCCUCUCCGGUACAUAAGGCGCCCUCUAGUGGAUCAAGAGAAUUUGUUAACAGCUAUGGUUCUACCUCUUUAGUAGAGCAGACGCCCUCUAUCGGCUAUGAAAACUUUGGUAGCAGCUACGGUGCUGCCCCUCUGAUCCAGAAGACGCCAUCUACCGGCUAUGAAAGAUUUGGUAACAGCUACGGUGCUGCCACCCCAAUCUUGAAGACGCCCUCUAACGGUUAUGAAGGAUUUGGUAACAACUACGGUGCUGCCACCCCGAUCCAGAAGACGCCAUCUACCGGCUAUGAAGAAUUCGGUAACAGCUACGGUGCUGCUACCCCGAUCCAGAAGACGCCCACUACCGGCUAUGAAGGAUUUGGUAACAGCUACAGUGCUGCCACCCCGAUCCAGAAGACGCCCUCUACCGGCUUUGAAGGAUUCGACAGCAGCUACGGUGCUCCCACUCCAAAGCAAGACACACUUUCUCCUACGUUUGGAGAAUUUGGAAAGAACUUUAAUGCCGCUUCGUUUGUACAUGAACUGCCUUCUACUGGAUUCGGACCAUUUAGUAGCAACUAUUUAUCCUCGUCACCAGCACAAGGGACACCCCAUGAAAACUUUGGAUUGUUUAGUAAUAGCUACGGAGCUACGUCCCCAUUACAAGACGCACCUUCCACUAGCUACGGUGCAUCCGGUAACAACUAUGACGUCAUCUCUCAGCCGCAGAGACCUUCUAGCGGGUAUCGCGAGAGUCGCAUUCACCAACAAGUGGUGCCACCCCUGUCGUCCUACAAACAGCCUAGCGGACGCAGUAGCUAUGUGCAGAUUCCAGUGAGUAAUCGGCCGCGAGGGGGCGCCAGUACGCGGAGGGAUGACCUUCGUGACCUCUAUCGUUACGGUCCUGCCCCGAAAUCUGUCCGCGGCGCCGCGCCACAAUACAACAUCGGGGGAUCAGGACCCCGGAUAAGCAGCAAUGCUGACACGCGUGGCGCCAUCUACAACAGGAACGUCGGCUCGCCUGCCUAUCGAGAUACACACAAUCAGAGAGACCAGAGGCAGAGAGAUCAGAGACAGAGAGCCAAUCAGAGGCAGAGAGACCAGAGACAGAGAGCCAAUCAGAGGCAGAACACGAGAAGAUUCGAGCCGCCGGAAGCGCGCCCUGGUGUCGGUUACGGCUCAGGAUACCCUCUGAACGUGCCAGGCGCUUACAAUUCACUCACAAAAGGUGGUUACCGUAGGUUCGACGUGCACAGAAAAGGUCUCAUCACGCCCCAACAGGCGAGCGUGUACGGUAACGCCAUUUCGCACCCUGGCGGCGCUUACAGGCACCCGACCUCCGCCGACAACAUUGACUACAACGACAAUGGCAACUUCCUACGAGCGUACGGAACCACCGCCGCUGCUAAACUAGAGGAACUAGAGGUUAAGUGCGACCUGGGCCGACGUACGAUGAUCAUUCACAUGAAGUUCAGUGACGGCUUCGUUGGCAGCGUGUACACGCACGGCUACAGCAGCGUGCAGCCGUGUGCUGCCAGCUUCACCGACGUCAAAGAAGCUGACUUCCGCAUCCCGCUCGACGCCUGCGGCACUCACAGGGCUGUGAUGACGCCUGACGCAUACCACAGCGACACGGCUGACAAGUAUACUAACAAGAUUGUCAUCAUGGCUGGCAAUAGGUUCGGUAUACUACGCGGUACAAGCCGUGCCUACACCGUAUCCUGCACCGCCAAACGUCCAACCCCGCCCGACACCACUCACAGCAGCAGGUCUUCGCAGCAACAAGACCCGUCAUCUCUGCGCACGCCACCCACGCUAGAUACACCGACCGUCUACCUGCACGUGGUGAAAGGCAAGGACCCAACAGUAGCUCCCUCUGGUGAGCUAGAAGUGGGACAGCCAGCUACCCUUGUCAUUAGCUAUGACAACGACGACUGUACUUACGUUCGUUGCAAGUGAGUAACUGUCGUGGCGGCACGA